GCUUUUCUUCAUUUAUCCCAAAAUCAAUAGACACAUUUCUGUAGCUUAAAUUUUUUUCUCUCCCCCCAAAAAAUGGCGGAUACAGCUGUUGUUGUUGAUGUGCCAAGGAAAUCAAGAAACAAUGGAAGAAAAGCCUUGAAACAGAAGAACCCAUCAUCAUCAUCACCAUCAUUAUCAACAAAUGAAGCCAAUAUUUUGGCACAAAAGCUCUCACAGCAGCUUUCCCCAACACAGGCUCCUUCUCCGAUGAAAUCAGAUCCGUCGAAAGAGAACCACGACGGAGACUCUCAACCACUCAAAGGAAAAGCCGCGGGCAAAGGGAAACAGAGCAAGAAAUCUUUCGAGAAAGACUUGCAAGAAAUGCAAGAUAUGCUUCAAAAGCUAAGGAUAGAGAAAGAAAAGACCGAAGAGUUAUUGAAAGAGAAAGAUGAAAUGUUGAAGAUGAAGGAUGAAGAGAUUGAAAAUAAAGGUAAAGAGCAAGAGAAAUUGCAAAUGGAGCUGAAGAAAUUGCAGAAAAUGAAGGAAUUCAAGCCUAAUAUGAAUUUCGCAAUUUCGAUGAACAAAGGAGGAGGAUUUGAAAAGAAAAGGCCAUCUCCACCUUACAUUUUGUGGUGCAAAGAUCAAUGGAAAGAGAUAAAGAAAGAGAAUCAGGCUGAUUUCAAAGAAGUUUCGAAUAUUUUGGGUGCGAAAUGGAAGACGAUCAUGGCCGAAGAAAAGAAGCCUUACGAAGAGAUAUAUCGAGCCGAAAAGGAAGUGUAUUUACAGGCGAUUGCGAAAGAGAAACGCGAGACGGAAGCCAUGAAACUCUUUGAAGAUGAGCAUAAACAAAAGACAGCAAUGGAGUUACUGGAACAAUACUUGCAGUUCAAGGAAGAAGGUGAGAAAGAAACCAAGAAAAAAACCAAGAAAGAAAGGGAUCCCUCAAAGCCUAAGCAACCCAUGUCGGCUUUCUUUUUGUUCUCCAACGAGAGAAGGGCGGCUUUACUCGCCGAUACCGGAAACAAGAACGUUUUGGAAGCGGCGAAAAUCGCGGGCGAAGAAUGGAAGAACAUGACUGAAGAACAAAAAAAGCCUUAUGAAGAGAUAGCAAAGAAGAACAAGGAAAAAUACAUGGAAGAAAUGGAGGUUUACAAGCAGAAAAAGGAAGAAGAAGCAUUGAAUGUUAAAAAACAAGAAGAAGAGAUGAUGAAACUACAGAAACAAGAAGCACUUCAAUUGCUUAAAAAGAAAGAGAAAACUGAUCAUAUCAUUAAAAAAACCAAAGAGAAACGUCAACAAAAGAAGCAGCAGAAUUCAGAUCCUAAUAAACCUAAAAAGCCUGCAUCUUCUUUCCUUUUGUUCAGCAAAGAAGCAAGGAAAACUCUGGUACAAGAACGACAAGGAAUCAACAACUCUACACUUAAUGCCCUGAUUUCAGUGAAAUGGAAGGAGCUUAGUGAAGAAGAAAGGGAUGUUUGGAAUGCGAAAGCAAGUGAAGCCAUGGAAGUAUACAAGAAACAAAUGGAACAAUACAACAAAUCUGCAGAGGAGGAGCAGCAGCACUAGGGAAAGACUUUUUUUAAUGUUGAUGUUUAAGUGUUUUGUUUGAACAUCAAUCCUUUUGAUGAUGAUUUGAUUAACAUUUUCUGGCUGCAAUCUAAUAUUUCUUUCAAGUUUUAAUUCGA